AUGCUGUAUGUGGUGGGCGUGGGGUUGUGCGACGAGAGUGACAUCACGGUGCGCGGCCUGGCGGCGGUGCGGCGCUGCCAGCACGUGUUCCUCGAGGCCUACACCUCCAUGCUGCUCGUUGAUAGGAGCAAACUGGAGGCGCUGUACGGAAGGGAGGUGCGGGUGGCGGACAGGGACAUGGUGGAGAGCCGUGCCGCCCACCUGCUGGACCUGGCCGCUAACGAGGACGUCGCCUUCCUCGUUGUUGGUGACCCCUUCGGUGCCACGACGCACACGGAUCUGAUGCUGAGGGCGCGGCAGCAGGGCGUGGCGGUGGCGGUGGUGCACAACGCCUCCGUGCUCAAUGCCAUCGGCGCCACCGGCCUGCAGCUCUACCGGUUCGGCGAGACGGUGUCGAUUCCGUUCUUCACGGACACAUGGCAGCCCGACAGCUUCUACGAUCGCAUCCAGGGGAAUGCCGCCAGGGACCUCCACACACUCUGCCUGCUCGACAUCAAGGUGAAGGAGCCAUCGCUGGAGGCCAUGGCCAGGGGUAGGAUAGAGUACGAGGCACCGCGGUACAUGAGUGUGAACACGGCCAUCCGGCAGCUUCUUCUGGUGGAGGAGAAGCGCCAGCAGAAUGUCUGCACACCGGACUCACUGUGUGUGGGAGUGGCGCGGCUGGGUGCCGACUCGCAGUGCAUUGUGUUUGGCAGCAUGCAGCAGCUCUCAGACGUUGACUUUGGCCCGCCUCUGCACUCGCUGGUGCUGUGUGGCGCACUGCACGAGCUUGAGAGGGACUUCCUCGAUGCCUUCAGGGUCAUGGAUGCCACGCCCAGGAUUGUGGAGGAGGGGUCAGAAGGAAGCGCAGAGGAGGAGAGCGAGAGGCCCAUCUUGUAA